AUGACGGGCCGUGAAAGAAGUCCCAGCCCCAAAUCUAAGGGCAAAUCCCCCCCUGUGGUUCACGAGGGGAACAUAAAAGCUCAGAAUUUCAAUGACCAGAAUCGAGACAUGAACCUGACCUCGCUGCCACACAAGAACCCAGAUGUAUACCAGUACGACACGGGAAAACCAGCUGCGGAGCAUGGAGGCUCUGGAAACGUUGGCAUGUUAUACCAGGACAGCAAGGCAUCCGUUCACCAUAACGGCACAGACCGGCAUCUGGACAACCACGGUCACUCGCAGAUCAUCCCCCCCGGUUUCGAUGGCCAUCUUCAGGUCAAGGACUCUUAUUUGACGGGCCGACCUCUGCUAUAUUUCACUUCGGUUUUCGUCUCGCUCGGCGUGUUUUUGUUUGGAUACGACCAAGGUGUCAUGUCAGGCGUUAUCACAGGUCCCAUCUUUAAGGACUACUUUGACGAUCCAUCUCGCGCAGCGAUCGGUAACAUGGUAUCAAUUCUGGAAAUCGGCGCUCUAAUAAGCUCGCUAAUGGUCGGGCGCUUGGGCGAGAAAUGGGGUCGUAGACGCACCAUCAGGUAUGGUUCAUUUAUAUUCAUUGUUGGAGGGCUUAUUCAAACAUCUGCUUUGCGUAUGUCCCAUUUAAUUGUUGGCAGAGUCAUUAGUGGUUUAGGAGUUGGGCUCCUAAGUACAAUCGUGCCAAUUUAUCAGUCCGAAAUCUCCCCACCACACAACAGAGGUAAGCUGGCUUGCAUCGAAUUCACCGGUAACAUUGUGGGCUAUUGUACUAGCGUUUGGGUUGAUUACGGGUGUUCUUUCAUCGAAAACAAUACAUCUUGGAGAUUACCCUUGUUUAUUCAGUGUGUUAUGGGCCUCGGUUUGAUGAUGGGUAGUUUUGUUAUAGUUGAAACACCUAGAUGGCUUUUGAAUCAUGAUCACGAUGUCGAAGGUUUGAUUGUGAUUGCCGAUUUGCAUAGUGAUGGUGAUGUACAGGACUCGAGAGCUCAUGAAGAAUUUCAAACUAUUAAGGAAACUGUUCUAGUGUCUAGGCUUGAAGGUGAAAAAAAAUCAUACAGCUACGUUUUCAAGCGUUACAGAGCUAGAAUGCUGAUUGCCAUGAGUUCACAGAUGUUCGCACAACUCAACGGUAUCAAUGUUAUUUCAUACUACGCACCCAUGGUUUUUGAACAGGCCGGUUGGGUAGGAAGGGAUGCGAUUUUGAUGACCGGUAUUAAUAGUAUCAUUUACGUGCUUUCAACCGUUCCGCCAUGGCAUUUGGUCGACAAAUGGGGCCGCAAGCCCAUUUUACUGAUGGGUGGUAUGGUCAUGGGCCUGUCCUUGGUAGCAAUCUCCGCUUCUCUUUACAUCAAUGUUUCGUUCACUCCUAACCUGGUUGUCAUAUUUGUGAUAAUUUUCAAUGCAUUUUUUGGCUUUAGCUGGGGCCCCAUUCCAUGGCUCUAUCCUGUCGAAAUUGCUCCUCUAUCAGCAAGGUCGGCAAUGGCAUCUGCAUCUACUGCUACUAAUUGGCUAUGCAACUGGCUUGUAGGGAUCAUGACUCCAAUACUACAGGAGAAAAUUGAAUGGAGGUUAUACUUGAUUCAUGCAACAUCGUGCUUCAUCUCCUUUUGGUGUGUCUUAAGAGUAUACCCAGAAACAGCCGGACUGCGUUUGGAGGACAUGGGUUCUGUAUUUGAUGAUAAGGCUUCAACUUUCAGUUUCCAUGGCUCCGUAACCGGUGUCGACGUUGAUGCAUCUCAUUCUACCGCGUCUAAUCUAAAUCCAUCUGUAGCCCGGAAACCAUUGGCUGCUCAUCCAACACAUUUAGAUGGUACUAAUUCGGGCGCAAACCAACUGCAUCCAGCGUACAGCCAGCAUGACUCAAUGCUGAACCAGCCAGCUGGCAACAGCAGUGCUCAAAGUGUUAUAUCUAAAAAGAGUAUCGCAAGCACUAACAUGCUUUCUGCUGAAGCACUUGAUCCACCAUCGCUACAACAAGUGUUGGAAUUCAAAAGAGGUCAACAAGAACGUGGAAACCUGAAAAAAAUCGUACGGAGAGGUUCAGAGACUGUCAAUCUGAUCUACGAUAAAGUCGUUGGAUUAGGAAAGCCAUCCAGUAGCAGCGGAGAAUAUGGAACUUUGUCAACAAACGAUCCAUCAAACUCUAGAACUUGA